AUGAAUAAUAAGACAAUUCAUGUAAACGAUAGUAUGGGUGUGGGACUGGGCAGGACAUUGGUGGAAAUGGAGAAUGAACAUGUAUGUUUAUCGGGUAGAAGAUUAGAGGAAUUUAGAACAAGACAUUGCCCAUUUUAUUUACGUCAAAUGUGUGUAAACUCAAGUCGAUGUGAUAUGAGUCAUUCAGAGACAUGGCCACGAAGGAAUCCAGCACACUUUCGAUAUGACUAUAAACUUUGUCCUAACAUUCAAUUCUUUAGAAAUGGUAAUAAGAUGCAAUUACAGGGCAAGUGCAGCUAUGGCCGAAGAUGUAAAUUCAGUCACUCCAAAGAAGAACAACUCUAUCAUCCAGACCUAUAUAAAACUAGAUAUUGUGUAAAUUAUCCCAAUUGCAAGGGUUACUAUUGUCCAUUUGCACACUCUAAGGAAGAAUUACGUACUAUAAAUCGUUACUCCAAUUAUACACAAAAUGGAAUACAUAAUACUAGCGAUAAAUUUAAUGGUAAUUGUACUAGUUACAAAAUUACAAGGGGAGAAUUCUCCCUAGUCUGUUAUCCAACUAAUUAUAUAACUAAUUAUGUUGUAGAGAAUGAAGUAAAGGAAUUGAGUAUAGUGGAAAAGGUGGAUGGAUUAGUAUUGGAAAAGGAAACAGAUACCAACAGCACAUGUAGUAAUUUAGAUGGUGAAUCAACAAUAUUCUCUACCAAUUCAUCACCUUCACCUCAAAUGUCAAGUAAUUCAAGUCCAGUUCAACUGUCAAAUAAUUUAACCCCGUCUCCGCAGUCAAAUAAUUCAAGUCCGUCACCUCAGGAGUCACCUAAAUUGACACGUGAACCAGGAGAUUUGACCAGAGAUUUGGGAGACUUUUCAAGUGAUUUAACGCAUUUAUCACCGGAAUUAAGAGAAUUGUCAAAUGACUUGCAAAUGUCAGGACUAGAGGAAGAAGAUUAUAACUGGUUUGAAGAUGUAAUUAAAAGCGGUUUAAGUUUAUUGGAUGAGGAAGAAAAACAGCAAAAAACUAUGGGAGAAAAAAGAUGUCAAAUUUGCUCAGGAUGUCUUGAAAAACAAAAGAGCAGUGAAGCCACUUUGGAAUCUGAUCAUUUUUCAAAACAAUAUCAAGACAUAUUCAAACUAUGGGAUAAAGAAUUUUAA